GGGCGUGGCCAAAGGGGCGGGGUUCCCGCCAGCCGGGCCGCGCGGCGGGAGUGGGCGGAGCGCGGCGCGGCCGCAGCCAUGUCUAGGCACGUUUUCCUUACGGGCCCCCCAGGGGUUGGAAAGACUACUUUGAUCCAGAAAGUUACUCAAGCACUAAAAUCCUCGGGCAGCCCCAUUGAUGGAUUUUACACAGAGGAAAUUAGAGAACGUGGCAGGAGAAUAGGAUUUGAUGUUGUCACUUUGUCUGGAAUGCGAGGACCUUUAUCUAGAGUCAGUCCUGAUUCUUCUACUUCAAGACGUGAAUAUCGAGUUGGACAAUAUGUAGUAGACCUUGUUUCAUUUGAGCAGUUGGUUCUGCCUAUGCUGAGAAAUGUAAACCAUGGCAGUGAUGCAGACAGAAAAAUUUUUGUCAUAGAUGAGAUUGGUAAAAUGGAACUCUUCAGCCAGGCUUUUAUUCAAGCUGUUCGUCAAACGCUGACUGGCUCAGGAACUGUGCUGCUUGGAACUAUUCCAAUACCUAAGGGAAAGCCACUGGAUCUUGUUGAAGAAAUAAGAAGUAGGAAAGAUGUUAAAGUGUUCAAUGUUAGUAAGGAAAACAGAAACAGCAUUUUGCAAGACAUCUUGGCAGCUGUGGAAUCUUGCAGAAAAUGAAGAAUUCUUCUUGCUUGUAAACACUGAAGCUUUUAUUUUUACAAAACAUUGCACCAUUUUGUGGAUGUUUUGGAGUCUGUCUUUUCUGCUUUAGUUCCUGGAGGCCUUAUUGGAGUCUUUAGGGUAGGCGUGGUAAAGCUGGUAAUACUCCAAAAUAUGAAAAUGUGACACCAGAAUUCUUGUUCAUUCAGUUUACAAGCUGAUCCAUUAAAAAAAAAACUGAACAAAUCCAGUUAACAUUCAAUCCUAAUCUGGAUAUUUGGAAGUUAAGUGGUCUAACUCUGAUCCCAGUUACACCAUGUAUAAGCAUUUCAUUGUCAAAUCUGUUGAGAUCAUGGCCUUUCAGAGUGUGGUGUGGACUGUUCUGCCUAGAGAGCAAUUCAGUUAUCUGUAACAUCCUACAGAGUACUGUGCAGGGAGGAAAUGGAACUUAGCCAUGGUGUAACAGAAGAGAACCCUGCUCAAAAAGUACACGUGCUCUGCCUGGUUUAUGUAUAAAUAUCUUUGCUGCUGGUGACCCAGUUUAGGUGUGUCACAGUGUGUUUCAGCAUGGGUGCUGACAAUUCAUGAGGUGGAAGGAAUAACCUAAUACUUCUCCCUAUCCCCCAGGCAGCCCUCUCUCCAAUCACCGUAUAAGAAGGAUUAUGUAGAAUUUCAAGGAAAUUUCCCAUAGUCUCAAGUGACAUUUACACAAUUCUGCUUCAGGUGGAAAAAUAACCAUUUCUGCCCUCUGUAAGUGGCCCAGACAGUAUUUAAAAGGAGGCUGCAUUUGGGGUUUAUUUUCAAGUUUCUGAUGGCAAUCUUGCCUCACACCCCCUUGAAAAUUUGUAUAAGUAUUCAAGGCCAUGAAGUUCAGUCAAAACUUGACUUAUGUUUUUCAUGCAGAGUGUAUUAAGUCAGGGUUGACUUAAUACUGCAUUUUUCUAUAUGGGUCUUACAAUACAUUACGUUUACUGAUGCUUUUUGUUUGUUUGUUUUUCCUUAUUCAGUUCUGUACAAACUUAAUGGUGAAAUAAGAAGUGUUUGAGAGUAUUAGACAACGUGUUUCCCUAUGAGGUGUGCAAACGUGUUCAGGAAAAGUGCUAAUACUUAAUCAUUUUGCAUGUUGUGAAAACAGAAUUCCUUCUUGGGUGCACACUUGUUCUUUGCAUGAUUUGUAGUCAUCUCUGGCUGUAAAAAGAUUUCAGUUGUUUCUUA